AUAGAUUUUAGAUUAUGGAGAGACAGUGGGUUAAUAAAUAUAGAGAGAGUAGGGCGGUUGAAGUGACGGCAAAUGGACGGCAUCCCGAGGGCCGUUCUUUUGAGGCUUAUAAAUCGGUGAGGCAACGGUUUUGUUUCUGAUAUCCUCUCUCUCAUCACGUGUCUCCCUCUCUUUCUCUCUCUAUAAUUUUAUUUUUCCCCUUUUUGUUCCUUCUUUUCUUUGUUUUCAUCUGCACUUUCUGUUUGUUUCUCUCCAUAUCUCUCUGCCGUUACGUUGGUAUCCGAGUCAUCUUUGACGGUGGGUCUUGGUUAUAUAAACCGCUAUCUCCAGGUGUUUUCAUUUGUGGGUUUAGACAUACAGAGAUAUAUAGAGGGAGAGAGAGAGAGAAAAUACAGAGAGAAAUGGAAGGAAGAAAGGAAUUAGGUUCUUCAUCAUCUUCCUCCUUCACUUCUGAUCUUUUUGGUUCAAAGGACUCAUCUGCUUCUUCAUCUUCUGGGAUUUUCGGCUCUAUCUUUGCACCUUCGUCCCAGGUGGUGGGUAGAGAGUCCGUGCGCUCAGGGUUGGUUGAAAAGAAGCAGGACUCUGCAAGUCAGGUUUGGAAUGACAAACUUGGACCUCCAGUGACAAACCGUAACAGCAGUGAAGGUGAAGGUCAAAGCACGCCAAAUAGGGACAUGAACUUUUAUCAGGAAGAAAAAGUACAACCAUGUCAUCUCAGCUCGUCCAUAUAUUAUGGUGGUCAAGAUAUCUAUUCUUACCCUAAGAGUUCCCAGAGUUCUGGGCUCACAACUUUCAACAAAGAAGGGGGAGAAGAUGAUUCUGGCAGUGCUUCUAGAGGAAAUUGGUGGAAGGGGUCUCUCUAUUACUAAAAGGUUCCUUAUACUCUCCUAGGAAGUUAUGAAGAUAGGGUAACAGCUAUAUUCUACCUUUUUGAUAUGGAAAAAGAGGAUAGGCGUUCGAUGCAGGCAGCUAGCCGCUUGUCGUAGCUUCCUCCAUAGUGAAUAGUUACAUGCACUCUUUUUUUCUAUAUAGAUAUUACAUAGUACUAGUAUAUAAAUGUAAAAGGAUGAUGAACUGGAUGGUCCAGUGUAAAGGAUGGUUAGUAUAGGGACUUCAUUUAAAAUGUUAAGCUCUGCUUUUGUGGGGUUUAACUAUGAAUAUGAAGUCACCUCAAGUAUCUUUUUAUGUAUGGUUGAAUGAUGGAUCUUUACUGGUUUCUAGCUGUUAAUAUAUAUGUUUUAUAUA